AUAGCAACAGGAACCAGUAGUAAACUCAGCAGAACUGGUCAUGGCCAUCUCCAAGACGGCUUUCCUCUUUGCCAUCCUUGGUUGCAUCUUCUUGUGUAGUUCUGUCCUAGCGGCUCGUGAGCUGAGCGAUGCAGCCAUGGUGGAGAGACACAAGAGGUGGAUGGCAGAGUAUGGCCGUGUCUACAAGGACUCAGCUGAGAAGGCGCAGCGGUUUGAGGUGUUCAAGGAUAACGUUGCGUUCAUUGAGUCGUUCAAUGCUGGGAACACCAAGUUCUGGCUUGCUGUCAACCAGUUUGCUGACCUCACCAACGAUGAGUUCAAAGCCACCAAAGUGAACAAAGGUUUGAAACCAAUCUCGACAAGUGUUCCAACUGGAUUCAAGUAUGAGAACAUGAGUGCCAAUGAGCUUCCAACAGCCGUGGACUGGAGGACCAAGGGAGCCGUCACACCUAUCAAGAACCAAGGCCAAUGUGGUUGCUGCUGGGCAUUCUCGGCUGUAGCCGCCAUGGAGGGCAUUGUCAAACUGAGCACCGGCAACCUCAUCUCACUCUCCGAGCAAGAACUGGUAGAUUGUGACAUCCACAGCAUGGACGAGGGCUGCGAGGGCGGCUGGAUGGACAGUGCCUUUGAAUUUGUCAUCAAGAACGGAGGCCUCACAUCCGAGUCCAGCUAUCCAUACAAGGCUGUGGAUGGCAAGUGCAAGGGUGGAUCCAAGAGCGCUGCAACCAUCAAAGGUUACGAGGAUGUGCCAGCCAACAACGAGGCUGCACUCAUGAAGGCAGUGGCCAAUCAACCCGUGUCCGUUGCCGUCGAUGCAGGUGACAGAACGUUUCAGUUUUAUUCCGGUGGUGUGAUGACUGGCUCCUGCGGCACUGAACUUGACCAUGGGAUCGCUGCAAUUGGGUAUGGCGUGGAGAGUGAUGGCACAAAGUAUUGGCUUUUGAAGAACUCAUGGGGCACCACAUGGGGAGAGAAGGGAUUCCUAAGAAUGGAGAAGGACAUUUCUGACAAACAGGGCAUGUGUGGCCUUGCCAUGAAGCCUUCCUACCCCACAGAGUAG